AAGGGCCAACUCAGUGCUCAAAGAUUCAAUGCAGUAACCCCCUCAGGUAAAGAAGAAUGGAUUCUUACUAUUGCAGAAAGGUAAUUCUGUUUUUGGUGUUUGCAUUUCCUUCAAUAAGCAGAGGGCAUGCACAAGAAUCAACCACUCUUGUCCCUGCAAUCAUAACAUUCGGUGACUCCGUGGUGGAUGUUGGCAACAAUGACUAUCUCCCCACCAUCUUCAAGGCCAAUUACCCUCCUUACGGCCGGGACUUCGCCAACCACCACCCAACGGGAAGGUUUUGCAAUGGAAAAUUAGCCACCGACAUCACUGCUGAAACUCUGGGGUUUACAACUUAUCCACCGGCGUACCUUAGCCCGGAAGCAUCGGGGAAGAACCUUCUCAUUGGAGCCAAUUUUGCUUCAGCCGGCUCUGGAUAUGAUGACAAAGCUGCCAUGAUGAACCAUGCUAUCACAUUGACCCAGCAAGUAGAGUAUUUCAAAGAAUACCAGGCAAAGCUAUCAAAGGUAGCCGGCAGUAGUAAAUCAGCAUCCAUUAUCAAGGAUGCACUGUAUGUACUGAGUGCUGGAAGUGGUGACUUCCUCCAGAACUACUAUGUCAACCCUUUACUUAACCAUGCCUAUACUCCGGAACAGUACGGCUCAUUCCUCAUCGACGCCUUCUCAAGCUUUGUCAAGAACAUGUAUGAGCUGGGAGCUAGGAAAAUUGGGGUCACGUCUCUUCCACCGUUAGGUUGCGUUCCAUUAGCAGGAACAUUGUUUGGUUACCACGAUAAAGGAUGCAUCUCCAGGUUCAAUACCGAUGCUCAACAAUUCAACAAGAAGCUCAACUCGGCAGCAGCUAAUCUCCAGAAACAGCAUCCUGGUCUUAAGAUUGUGGUUUUUGACAUCUUCAAGGCGCUUUACGACAUCGUUAAAUCUCCUUCGAACUAUGGUUUCGUUGAAGCAACAAGAGGGUGUUGUGGAACUGGGACCGUAGAGACGACCAAAUUCUUGUGUAAUCCACACACGCCGGGAACAUGUUCCAAUGCGUCCCAGUAUGUGUUCUGGGACAGUGUCCAUCCAUCUCAGGCUGCUAAUCAGGUCCUUGCUGAUGCAUUGAUUGUUCAGGGUAUUGCCCUCAUUUGAUUCAAUUGAGCCUUGGUGACAUAUUGUUGUUAAAGAAUUUGAGACGGUGAUCUCCAUGAUUAUUGAGGAAAUAGUAUUUAAAUGAUUGUAUUUAUUGUGUGUUCUGUUGUAUCUUUUAAUGUUAUAAUUCCAAGGGAAAUGUUAUAUG